AUGUGCAUGAGCAAGAGCCUUGGUCGUAUUCGUAUACAGAGAGUUCCAUACUCAAAGCGAAUCCGUAUGUUCACAAUCUCCAACGAAUUGGAAAGAUGGUUGGCACAGCAUUGCUUGGAGAAUAUGGAGAAGGAAAACAAAGGGAGAAUACUUGGUGCAACACACCCACACAGUGUUCGUGCGCAAUCCAUAUUGAGAAACAUAGUUCAAGGAAUGCACACUGGUUUAGAGCUUAAACGUGACUGCUGUGUUUCAGGGUAUGGAUCGGAAGGCACUUUACUUGUAUCAAGGGUACACCAGGAGGAGAGCCAAACGAGGCCUAAGAAAUCGAUCAUAAAAUUUGGGACUAUGCAUUUGGAAGGAUUGAAUUGGCAGGUGGUGGCGGUGGAAUCUUCUGAUAAAAAUGCUGCGUACCUCUCCAACGGGAAGAUUGUUAUUUCUAAAGGGUUGCUUGACAUUCACAAUUCAGAUGCAGAAAUAGCAACCGUUCUAGGACAUGAGGUUAGGCAUGGUGUGGCAAACCAUGAAUCAGGAUUGUGCGCGACUUGUGUCCUUCUAUGGCUGUUUUCUCGAGUGCCGAUACUCGCAAUGACAGCAAAAGGAGUAUUUAUGUACCUAUCACGGAGGAGGAAGAGGCCGUUCUUUUCCGGUGACGGAAAUCCCAAACUGUUUGCUGUAAUCUAUCACUUCGCCAUUUCAGACUUCCCCACUUCGCUUGAUGACGGAGUCGUCUCGUCGCCAUCCUCCAUAUUGUUGCCGACCAACUCUCUGCUGGGUAUGACCCUCAAGUUGCGCCAAAAUAUUGAGAGGCUUGGUCAUUCUGGAGAGUAUUUGUUAGCAACUCACCCAUCUGGACCAAAGAGAGCUAGGUUGCUAAACAAAGUGAUGGGAACAGCACUGGAAAUAUACAAGGGAGUGAUGUCCGGACACGGGGUGAAGUGCUUUGUUUGA